CACAACGAAAAGGUAAAAAUAAGAUAAAAACUGUAAAUGAAGUUGUGUACUUGAUGUGCGUGAUUUGAUGCGUCGAUAAAGUGUAUAACUACGUCACUAGUAUGUUAAGUGCAUUUCCUCAAGACUAUUACAGAUCGUUAACGUAUUUAACAUUAUGUGGACCAAUGGCUCGGGCUCUUAUGACGAGGAGAACUGUGAAAGCAGCAGCGGCUCAUUUAGUUCGACUGAUAGCAGAUUAGAGGCAGUUCUAUCAUCAGACAUGCUUAAGCACUUUGAAAUUGUCAAGAAAAUUGGUGAAGGAGCUUAUGGAAGUGUUUAUAAAAUUAAAAGUAAAACUGACAAAAAGGAAUAUGCACUGAAAUUUGUUCCUCUUCGAACAGACCAAGACGAAGAAAGGAUGAAUAGAGAAGUAGAAGUCCUGUCUCAAUUACAGCAUGCCAAUAUAGUCCGAUAUCAUACAUCUUGGCAUAUUAAAAAUGAGGGUGCAAGUAAUGAUUCCCUGGCUACAAAUGUCCAAUAUUUAUGUAUACAAAUGGAGUACUGUAACCAAACAUUAAGGGAUUUCAUCGAAAAUAUGAACGUAUAUGAUAAAUGUGACAGGGAACUUGAGCAAAGACGAAUAUUAUGCGAAAUUGUUGAUGGAAUCAAGUAUAUUCAUGACGAAAACAUUAUGCAUCGAGAUUUAAAUCCUAGAAAUAUCUUCCUCAGCAAAUCUGGAACAGUGAAAAUUGGCGACUUCGGUAUAGCUCGACCUGAGAAUUUAACCGAAGGAAGCAAAAUCAUGUCCAGCAAAGACGAGAACCUUACCAGUUAUAUAGGAACCAAACUUUAUUGUGGACCAGAGGUACUUAUAUGUAACAAAAAAUAUGAUAAACGCAUAGAUCUGUACAGUUUAGGGCUAAUUAUAUUUGAAAUGUGGUUCACGUUUCAGACUGAAAUGGAAAGAUGUAAAAUCUUUGAAGGUAUUAAAUCCCCGGCGAUUGUGGUUCCAGAUUUUUUUGAACCACAGAUUGUAAAGGAUAUAAUCGUAGGACUUCUUCAACAUGACCCUAACAUGCGCAUGGGACUUGAAGAAGUUAUUGAGAAAAUGUCCUUGUUUGAUAAAGAGGAGACAUUUACCGAUGAAACUCCUAUUCAGCAGAUCCCAAAUAGGUCAGGCUUUGAUUUAAAAGGAUCUGUUGGGCGAUUAAUAUACAUGCAUUCUACAGGUAAAAAGCUAGUAAAAGGUUCAUGCUUUCGACUUGGUUCAGGACCAUUUCUUGUCACUUCGUACUCAGUUGUAAAACGAAGACAAUUUCCUCAAAACUGGUGUGCUUUCUUUGGUCAUGUUGGUCGAAAAAACAAAAAAGCCGUAUUGAAACCCAAGAACCCAGUUUGGACAAACAGGGAUCUAGAUAUUGCUAUUUUGGAACUAGAAGUAAACGAAGGGUCGUAUUUACCAGGAAGUCUUUCCCUUCAAAAUCAAGAUGUUACACAGAAAGUGUUUACGUUCAGAAACAUAAAUAACGCAAAAUCGUUGAUGGAAAUUGGCGAUUGGCCGUCCGUACCAGAGAAUCCUGCAGAUGAAAUGAUAAUCAAGUUUGAAUCCGCUUCAUCCAAUAGAGGAGCACCAGUCCUAUACGUAUCGGAUCAAAGUGUCAUCAGCGUUUUCGGAAUAGUCCUUGGACAUAGUUUUAGGAAAGGCGUUAAAGAAAAGGGCAUGACAGUCAUACGAAAUUUAUCAAGUGUUUAUGAAUCAAUUGACCCGAUUAUGCCAGCUUAUAUCAGAAAAGCAAUCUUUAGCAGCAGUCCUUACUUUAAAUGUCAUGAAAGGAUUAUGGAAAACAUAGAACAUUAUAUCAUGGUACAAAAAGAUUUGGAAGAUUUGCGCCUCGUACAAGUAUAAGAACUCAUCUAUAACAUCUACAAGAAAAACU